UGACACCAGCUAGGUUUGCCAAACUGAAGAGCCACAGCGCACUUUAGAAAAAUAACACUAAAAUAUUCCCUCUCUCUCCUCUCUUUCCCCACAAACAAUACCUUUCUUCGAGAGGAAACAAGGGAAAAAGGAAAAACCAAUGGCUACGUCUUCUAGAAGGUCGAGCGCCCCGGUCAUGGCGGGGCACCGCGCCGCCGCCGCUCACCGGAAUUCCUCGUUCAUGACGUCGGAUUCGUCGCCGUUCGCCUCGUCCAGCUACUACUCGUCCUCUCCUUCCGCCGGCUUCUUCAACCAGCGCCGCGCGGCGUCGCCGACGCGCGUCAACCUCCACGGCCUGUCCCCGCCGCCUCCGUCGCGGUCCGUCCGCUUCGCGAUCGACAGAUCUAUCUCGCCGCGGCGCUCGAUCGCGGCGCCGCCGCCGCGGAACCAGGUCGUGCGCGGCAACAUUCAGAAGAGGACGUGCCUGUGCUCGCCGACGAAUCAUCCAGGUUCGUUUCGAUGCGCUUUGCACAAAAACAGCGGCGGUGGUAAUCAAUCGAUUUCCUACUCCCCGAACCGGCUGAACAUGAGGCGAUCGGCGAUGACGAAUUCUCUGGUGCGGAUCGGCACCGUGGAGGGAGAUCUGGUGAAGCGAGCCCUCGCGGCGCUGAUUCGCCCGUCCUCGCACCAGCAGCGUCGCCGAGCCGAUUUCCGGCCGCGGCAGAGCCGCCUCUCCGUCAUGUCCACCGCCGGCGACGACGUCUGAAGGAGCAAGCCGAAUAUGCAGGUUUGGUUAUACUCGAAAAUCACCGGUCGCGCGCUUACGAUCCGCGGCGGCGACACCUGAGCAAUUUUUGGAACAGGGGAGCUGAUGUUUGUGUUGGUUGUACAUAUGAUUUCCAAAUGAAGAACGUAUUGGAUUUGAAACUAGAGCACUCUCGAUCUAAUUAAAAUGAAUCCAAUCGAAUUUCACAUAGCAAUGAGGAUGAUGAAACUAUAAUUUGAAUCUAAAUCCAUGGAUCAAGAUGUUUGCGUGAUGAUGAUUUAGCGUUUGGUGCUGGUUGAAAUUAUCGCCAAUUCCGUUACGUGUAUCGCAUCGUUUUCCGUUGAAUCCGUUCGUCCGUUCCGUCGUUGUUCGUAUGAGGUAAGUUCCGUUCCGUCGGUUCGUAUGAGGUAAGUGCCGUUCCGUUCGUUUGUUUCAAUAUUUCAUUAUUUGUUACUGUUAUUAAUUUUUACUGAUGUUAUUUUUCACCUUUGUGUUGAGAUCUGAGGAGCUUUGCGUGAAGUGUGGGGAAGUGAUUAUCGUGAAACUCGAAGUUCGAAGCCAUGGAUGAUUUUGAGACUAUUUUUUUCACCUCAGCUUUGGAAAAUGGGAAUUACUAAAAAUAGAUUUCUGCUGAUUUUACGGAA